GGUGAACCGGUUUAUCAAGCCAUUUUGAGUUCAGAUAGAGCCUUCGCCACACUGUAGCUGUUGUAACUGUGGAUGCACACCUAGCCCUUUCCUUGACCUACUUCCGCCUAGGUAGCAAACGUUAAGCAAGCCACGUCUAGUCCUCUGAAGGACAAACCUAGAAGGAUGGAGUCUUCUAUGGUGUCUUCAUCUGCUGCAUACCGCGGUCCAGCUGGAAUUGCGUUGCCAGUCGCGUCGAUGGAGCCUAGCACAAGCAGUGUAGAUGACACUGAAGUAGAGUCAAUGUUUAUUAAGCAUCAGGUUUCCAAGCUAGACACCCUGGCGGGCCUAGCAAUAAGAUAUAACGUCUCGGUUGGAGACAUAAAGCGGGCAAACGGAUUGCUAUCGGACAACGCGUUAUACGCACGCAGCACAAUACUCGUCCCAAGGGGGCGCUUGCCGAUAGGGGAAGAGCUCCAAAGAAUAUGUGCAAAGGUGUUAACCGGAGUCAGUCGCGACCCAGUCUUGCAUGCGGAUGCUCAGUCGCAACCAGCUUCCGCAGCCGUUGCCCGUAUAGCCACGACGUUAAACGUCAUAAACGGGGAGUCAUAUCCAGAGGACUUGCCCGUCUCAGAAUGCGCUUGGAUUGCAAUGGGCCAGUGCGGAGGCUGCGGUCCAAUGGACCCCUCUGGGUUCUACUUGCGGAGCCUGCAGCCGGUGGAGGUGGAGCUCACGGACCGCUCAUCCUCGGAAGGGACAUACCUGCCACCCACCAGCGCAGGGCCUACACGGCAAGACGCCGCUGCCGUUCGCCGCCGUCGCAACCAAAACGACGACGCGGGCUCUUGUUCCGACUCUGCCAACAGCUACGGCUGGGGAGCCCAGCGGCAAAACUCCUGCAGCGAGGCCGGGGGCAAAGCGACCGGGGGUUCCUCGGAUAACGGCCGAUUCGCGAGCUGGUUCUCUGAACUUGGGAAGGCUAUCGGGGAGGGCGUCUCUAGCACAGUAGCCAAGGUAAAAGAAGCAGCUAGCCAGCCGGCCCUAGCACGACCGAGCCCGGUCGCAGGGGGAGGGUUUGGCGCCGCGGCUGCGGACGCGAUCGUGGCUUCUCGGCGAAAAGCGACGGGUGCGUUGCUGGGUCGGGCUCCGUUUGAGGGCGCAAUCGCCUCGGCUGGGUUGCAUGGCACGCCAACGUCGGCGGGGGGUGCCAGUCGGGCUAAGCAGGGCGGCAAGAUGGACUAAGGCAGCUGCGCUGUAGGCUCUUGCGCUGGGGCCUUGGAGGCAUUGCCUUGGGUGGGAGCAGCAGGCGCUGCAUUAGGGCCGGGAAGUGGAGCGGACGCGAGUGUUAUCGUGAGGCUAGAGUGGCGGUGUUGUUUCUCAAGGUGCGGUCGAGCGCAGGUGCUGUUGCGGGCUAGGAUUAGGUAAUGGAGGUAUCACCAUUCUUGCGCGUCUUGCAUUUCGUUACAAGGUAGGCCACAGGGUUUCGGUUAAGAAGGGUGUGUGUAGGGAGGAAAACGCCAGGCGCAUUAACGUUGGGGCUGCCCAAGAGCAUACCGGUACGUGCCUAAGACAUGUAGUUUAUUAGUUAGACGGUGUACAGCCCAGCGGAAAGGGGUGUCGUGAUCAUGCCUACGGUACAUAGAAACCACAGCGUUUGACGGCGACAUGGGGUUUUCGUGGUCACGCAUUGGUGAGCCGGAUGGGGAGUGAUGGAACGAACGGGGUGCCAUAACCUCCCUGGCAUUGUAUCGGUGCUGUCGAUUGCUGCAGAAGAGGGGCCUGCGGCAGGAGAGGCUUGUAGCUUGUAGAGAUUCAGAUGUAGUUUUUAGAUUUUCCACAUCAGGUGCGGUCCCUUGGCCCGUCUCCACAACUAGCCCUCCGUGGUGUUUGCAGUUGACUACGCUGCGUUGUGUGCCUUUUACCCCGGUUGUUGCACUGCCUUUUCCCGGAUGGGGCCAGCUUCUUGGUUUAUAAAGGCUGCGUGCUGUUUGCUUUACCGGUAUUUUUUUCAGCAUAUCCUGUACGGCCAAGAUAAUUGAUUUGCAUUCAACAAUGGUGGUGGUGUUGAUGGUGGCGGUUACGAGGUCUUGGUACGCCAGAAUGGGUUCCUUGUCCGGCUAACCGUGUUUCGUGCUAGCCCCUUGAGGGGCUCCCGCACGCUAGGUGGUGUUAUUUUCCAUGUCAUGUGGGUGAGUUCACGCUAGGGAGCGCACCUUAGAUACUCUCUUGCCCACUCCCGCUUAUAGCCUCCUACCUAUCUUGUUAGCUCGGUCUUGUUAGGUGUCUAGGUGCUUUCCCAGCAAGCGCAUUGCCGGGCAGGUCAGUAGAAUAGCUGCGGUGAAGCAUUGAGUGUUAAGCUGUCGGGAAGGGGAAAGCUACCUGUCUAGGUGGCACCGUCCUGUAACCGAUUGCUGGCCUGGUGCGGCAUUGUGGCCCUAUACUGCGAUGACCAUCCAUGUCGCCCUGCAGCAAACCCGUUUGUUACAUUUUGGCGUUGCGCGUUUAGCUGGAACAAAGCCGGUUCAGUGCAAGCCAUAGCCACACGGCCCUGAAGAAUAAAGGAACGCACCGAAAUCGGACACCUACUGGCAUACUGGGCGUUGUACUUCGCUGCCAGUGCGAGACUGAUGACGUCGAGCCAAACGACCCGUGGGCCCGGG